UGGUCUUCACUAAACAGACAUGAGGCAGGUAAGCCAAGAAGCAGGGAAAGGAGGGAUAACAAAGUGGACUUCUCCAUAAGAGGAUUAGCACGGUCGUUAGCCAGCCGCUGGUCAUGUCAAUGGAUUCUCGGUUAGUUGGCUGGUGCACUGCUAAGCACCCCUCCACGUAGACAGACACCGGGCGAGGAGACAGCUGAUUAUGGAUCUGGUCCAGGUUAAAAUGUGUGCUGAAGCGGUGGAAACUGAAGACUAAGAAAGAGAGGCAUUGCAUGAUGAUUUGUAGCAGAUUUCAUAUUUUGGGAGCGCAUAGGAACCCAUCGUCGGGGGGAUUAUUGACAGACAUAUUCUGACAUGAAGACUCGACCUGCGGGCAUCGGCAGCGCCAAUGCCGACUGGAUGGGUUCGCUCCCGUCCAAGCUCAGUGCCAUGCCCCUCAAACACCUCGCCGUGCCUGGUGAGCAUGCCAUGGGGUCUCAUGAUUCCUUUACCUACUGGGUGGAUGUGCAUGCUCCAGUGGGGCCAGAUCAGAAGGCAUAUGUGAAGUACCUGGCCACCAUGUUCAGCGUCUUUGCCAAGAAAGUAAUGGUGAAGUGGUCAAUGACUCAGAAUCUGUCAUUCAAAGAGCAGCUGGAUGCAGGAAUACGCUAUUUUGAUUUAAGAGUCUCCUCCAAACCAGGUGAGCGUGGGAAAGAGAUCUACUUCAUCCAUGGCCUGUUUGGUCACAAGGUGAGGGACGGCCUGUUAGAGAUUAACACUUUCUUAAGCAAACACAGAAAAGAGGUAGUAUUUCUAGACUUCAACCACUACUAUGCAAUGAACACAGACCAUCACACAUACCUCCUCAACAUGCUGCAGGAAGUGUUUGGCAGCAAACUUUGUAAAAACACUGAAGUUGAAGGCAUCACGCUGGACUACCUCUGGGAGAAAGAAUAUCAGGUGAUUAUUUUCUACCAUCAUACAUCAGGAAAGGAGAACCUCCUCAUGUGGCCAGGCAACAAGAUCCCCGCUCCCUGGGCCAACACUACUGAUCCCCGCAAGCUCAUGCAGUUCCUGGACACCACACUGAAGGAAAGAGCAAAGCAGGGCACCUUCCAUGUGUCCCAGGCCAUCCUCACACCCCGCCCCAACACCGUGGCCAAGGGGCUGGUCUGGGGGCUUCGCAACUACCUGGUGGAGAGGAACCUGCCAACCAUCAUGUCCUGGGUGGAGGCUCAGAGGCCUGGGGUGGACGGGGUCAACAUCAUCACCUCCGACUUUGUGGAACUCACAGAUUUUGCCAACAUUGUUAUCAAACUCAACAACCUGCUGCUGACUGAGCAGGACAACAAGCUAAGAUGACGCAUAUUUGCACAGCUGGCUGAAUUUGUGCUGACACAGCAAAGGUUGGAACAAAGAUGGCUGAUUCUUUCAUCACUACUGAAAUUACACAGUACUUCAGAUUAUCGGUUUAUAAAACAUUGUAUUAAUUUAUUUGUGAUUACAAUAAAGGGAUGAUUUACAUUA